AUGUUUCUUGCGUAACAACCGACCAUGGACGUCACAAAUUUUUUAACGGUCGGUUGAAAAAUACGCGGUUUUUGCACCAUUCUUUUUAAUUAGUUAGUGGUUACUUUUUAAGUUUUAUUAUUUAAACAAAAAAAACUGUUUGUUAUUUGUGUUACUUUCAUAGUUUACUGUUUUAUAAAUAUGUCCUUUAGCAAAGCGAAAAUUAUAAGAUUUAACGACACACCCAACAGCAGCCUCACUAAAGGCAAAGCCCUGGAAAAGGCCAGGAAACAUGGAAAUCGUAGCUGCAGCCCCACAAACUCUGAGAAUGGCUCAGUUAAAAGUGUACCCAGCAACUUUAAGACUCCAACUUUACCAAAGAAAACCAAAACAGUCACAUCAGCGACAAAAACUAUGACCCCAAACGACUUAUUCAAUAAUGAUCUCAAAGCUUUAAAAGAAAAAAGUGCAGAAUGUGAAAACAAGACUGUAUACAUUCACAAGCUGUCCGAGGAGCUGGACAAGUUGAAACUUGAAAUUGACAGUUUAAAAAAGGACAAAGAGACACUGGCCAGAGAGCAUCAAAACGAGAUGCAAAACUUGGAGUGCGAAAUGCUGGAGUUAAUGUCCAAAUUGCAAAAACUCUCUGAAGAGUCUAUAGUAAAGGAAAAAGAAGCCGAGGAGGUACUGCGGAAAGAAGUGGAAGGCCUGAAGAAGUCCCAUGAGUAUAAAGUCGGCCAGGUGGUCUUGGACUAUGAAAUUAAACUGAAGGACUUGAGGGAGACUAAUGAGAAGGAUGUAAAAGAGAAAUUGGAAAAGCUCGAACAACAUUGGAAUGAAAAACUGGAAAACAAGGAAGCAGAAUCCGCGGCCAUUCUCAAAGAAUGCCAAGAGAUCAGCGAAUACAGCAUAAUCCAAUGUGAACUGGAAAAAAAAGAGAUUCAAAAGUUAUUAGACAAAGAAAGAAUGUCUGGUGAGACCUUAAAAAUAAAAUAUGACAAAUUAUUGGAAAGCAAACAGGAGCUAGAAGCCAGUUGGGAAACCAAGCUACAAGAAAUGAACGAUAAAAUUGAAAAACUGACUGGUAUCAUUAAGGAAAAGGAUGAAGUAUUGGCCAAACUGCAGGUGGAAGUGAAAGCCUAUCAAGUGACCAUCAGCAGUUCUCAAGUCACAAUCGAAGUGCUGAAGAGGAGAUUGAUCGAUUCCGAUAGAGAUGUGGAACAAUUGAAACUGGAACUUUCUAAGUGUGAAGCUAAACUUUUAGACUAUGAGAGUAAGCACUUCCACUUGACCGAGCAGCUAAAAGAGUCCCAACAAUGCGUGGAAGACCUGGAAUUCCAGUUUAAUUCCAGUUGUGCCCUAAGCCAGGGCUCUAUCAAUAAAAUUAAAGAAAAACUCAUUGACCAAGUGGAUGAUCUUAAGGAGCAAGUGAAAGACUAUUCCAAAAAGAUAGACACCGAGGCCCGCCUAAAGAACGAAAUAAUGCAGCAACUGAACGACAACAUGGAAACGAUGAAGAAAAUCAACAGUGAACUAAAAAAAGCGGAAGAGGCCAUGGAUAUUUUAAGCGAAGAGAACGACUUGCUAAAAGAGGAAGUGGAAGCCAAAGAUAAAAUCAUCGAAGUGCUGAGACAAACGUUAAAGGAAAAGGAAGAAAUCAACAAGGAACUAAACGAUAAAUUUCUAUUUUACAAAGACGUUAUGGAGGAGUACGAACAAGAGGCCUCGGAAAGUUCGCAAACCCGGAAGAAGUACAUAGAAAUCAGUGGCAAGUACGACUCUUUGCUGCAGGAUUUCGAAACGGUGGAAAUGGAAAAUAGACGGUACAAGAGCGAGAUGGAGAGCGUGACGAGGAAGCUGGAGCAUCUGCUGACCGUGCAGGAGCAGUUCGAGAAGGUUAAGAAGGACAAAGAUAUUUUAGAGAGCGAGAAUUUGUUUUAUAAAACGAAGUUGGAGGAACAAAAACUGAAAAAACACUACAAACUGGCGACAAAAGACAAGGAAAAUAUCGGCAGUCCGAACCGUUCUAUUGUAGAGAGCCCCAAUCGGGGCUCCCCCUUCCGUGAGCGAAACUAACCACGUUUUUUUUAUAUUUUCACUUUAAUUAAUGCUAGUGCAUAAGGUUGCGGAACAAGGCACAAAAACCCCGAAAAAAACACACUGAACUGAAAAACUAUAUUAAACCUUUACAACAGCCUUGCCAGUGUUCGCGCCCUUUAACAUAUCGGUGAACCCGUUAAACAUGUUGUUAAACCCAUUAGUGACCGUCUCUUGGUACUUCAGUUUCCCUUGCCUGAUCCAUUCCAGGUUCUGCGUUAUUCCUUCCAUCCAACGGUGGCUCCAACGUUGAACCAUAAAACCUUCCAUUUUCAGUUGGUUGACAAUUAUUGCGUUCUGGAUAGCUGGAGCUAAAACAACAUUUCUAAUAAAUAAAGUAUUUAUAUCAUAAACGACCGGACUAAUAGGAAUCCAGUUCAGUAAAUUAUUUACUUAUAACCAGUUUUACCCCCCAGAAAUUAUUAAUAAUGUCUUAGGCGACCGGACUAAAAAGCACCUGUGCAACGUAAUGCGUUGUUAGAGCGAGAGAGAAUAGGCUAUGCGUCGACGCUAUUGGUUUAAGGGACGGAGUUGGGUGGAGUCUUAUAGUCCGAGCGUACGUCUUAAAAAGUAAAGGCUAAAUUGAUUGGAAUAUUUCAACCAUUUAAAAGUUAAAAUGUGCAACAAAGUCAAAAGUUUAUUGAAAAGCAAAUUUACAGAGAAUUCCUAAAUUUACAAUAAACAUAUAACAAACAAUUACAAGUGUACUUAGAGGUACAGCAGAAAUAAAAUAAAAUUAACCUAGACAUAUAUGCACGCAAAUUACAAUUGUCAUUAAGGUUCUGCAACAUAGGUAUAGAUAGGUCAAGAAAUUCUGUGAAAGAAUAAUUAUUAGCAAAUCGCAAUAAAACUUUUUUAAUGACAAUCAAAAUCAAAUUUUCGUCUAUCGAAUCCUUAAAGGCAAUAAAUUAUACAUGCGCUUUCCAUAGUGGAAAAUAGUAUUUCUACUUAAAGUGCUCUGAGACUGAGGGACCUGAAGGUUUUGUCUAGAACGUGUUUGGUAAAUAUGUAUAAACAGAGGGUUACAGUGGUCCCUAUAGUCUGCACAUGAUAAGACCCUAACAGCUUUCUUCUACAGAAGAAACAGAAUGUAACUUAGUAGCAGUACAGUAACCAAAGAACAGGAUGAGAUAGGUGAGAUUCAAAAAGGGCAUGAUAUACUUCUUUUGAGAUGCCUGAGCUAUUAGUCUCCAUGGCUACUGUUCUUAUUGUGUAAAUAGCUUCCAACUAAAGGUACCCAAAGUGACGUUUUUUCCAUCAACUCCAUCCUCGGAAACUCCUCUCUAUAAUAUUCCCUAAACCUAUUUCUUGCAGCAUUUUAUCCCUUACCUUUAGGUACACCCUCGUCAUUAUAUCCAGAUAUGGCUCCGCACACGGAUAUUCUGCCAUAUUUAUUCAUCUGAUUAAGCACAACGCCACUAAUAUCACCCCCAACGUUAUCAAAGUAACAAUCGACCCCAUCGGGGGCCUGCCUCAACAGUUCUUCUUUGACAUUCUGCGUCUUAUAGUUGAUAAAACUGUCAAACCCCAGCUCCUUGGUGAGCCACUUGCCUUUCUCAUCUGUGCCGGCGAUCCCUAUCACUUUACAACCUAAAAAAUUCCCCCUUGAUUCACCCGUUUCGUUCUUAAUAGGGACCAUCAUCAGACAGACCUUUGAUCUUGGCUAUUUGACCCACGUGGCUUCCUACAGCCCCAGCAGCUCCACUCACCACCACAGUUUCACCCGGUUUAGGGUCGCAUAGUUCCAAAAAGCCAAAGUAAGCAGUGUUCCUAUAGCAAAGAAGAAAAAAUUGAAAAUCCUCCCUGAAAUGUUAAUAUAUUAGCUUACCCGGGCAUUCCUAGCACCCCUAGGCUCAAUGAGACCGGAAGAUCCCCUAAAUCUGGUAGGAGCACCACGGGUAUUCCGCUAUGCUCAGUCACGUCAUCCCGCAGAAUUGUAUGGGUUCUCCAGCCGAAGUUUCCCACUACAUAUUUCCCCCGGGGGUAUUUGGAGCUUCUGCUCUCUGUAAUUCUGAGGAUUUUAUUUAAGAAAAAGUGGUUCAAAAGGGAUGUUUCUUACUUUGCUACUUGCCCCCCAAGCAUGACGGUGUUCAAGGGUAUUUUGGGCAUGUAGGCCCUCAUGUACGGAUCCACGCUCAAGUAAACCGCUUCAGCCAAGUAUUCUUGUAAAAAACUCAAAUAAUUAUGAUGUAAUUAUGCUCUAUUAGGGUAAGAUAUUGCGGGCUUACCAUGCUCUUGAAGCGGCGGCAAUUCUUCGCGCUCCAGUUUAAAAUCGGUGGGUUUGGGGAAGCCUCGGCUUCUCUUUUGGAGAAUGUACUUUUGGGCCCUAACCAUGAUCGUGCCCUGUUUCUGAGUGAUGUAAUGACAAAUGUGAAUUUUAUAAUAAAUUAUUGUGAUAAGGGAUCUUAUCGUCGAGGACUUCAAAAGUGGGACGAUGUGCUGCUGUUAGUUAUCGAAUGCAUGAUUUCGUGACAAUAUAAAUGGUUUUAUCUGAUAAUACACUUCAGGGAUUUUUCAAAAUUAUUGGCUCAUUUUUUUCUAUUGUUGCCAUUGUUUAAAGGUCCACUCGCACUCGUUCAUUCGCCAAGAAAUGAGGAAUGUGCCAUCAAGAAUACAAUAGUAGGUGUUCGGUGUUAACGAGUGGAAAACACGUGUGUCAUAGCGUCAAACAUACUUCGAUGUGAAGUAUGUCAGUCAUCUUUAAACACUUUCUCAGGCAGUUUGAAAAUGUCUUAAAUUCGGAUUUUUUUAUUCCCAUCUUCAAUAAAGUUCCACGCAUUUCCCACUAAUUUUAAGCGCACGGUAUAGUAGAGCGACAUUUAAAUUUGGCGCCAUAAUCAAAGUUUAAAUUACCCGCCUUUAUGACGUGACAAGCCCCUGCCGGUUAGUACUACUCCUCGACGUUCAGAGGGUGCAACAGUCAACGACGUUUCCUAUCUAGUCUAUGGUGAAUAUUAAACUAAUAUAAUUAAAGUAAUAAAAAUUUAAAUAAUUA